AUGGAUGAGAUCUACAUGAGCAUCCUGAGACUAAAAAGCCAACAUCAUCAGAAAAAACAGUCAGUCAAUCAAGACAGAAAGGAAAGGACUCGUCACCAGGAGUGAGGAGGAGCCACCAGUGUGGAGCAAGGGACACCCAAGAGUAAGCACCACAGAGGGAGGGGUUUAAGUAAAGAAGACAGAGGCCUCAGCAGAAGGAAGGCCUCAUUAGAGCCAGUGGGAACUGAGAAGUCCAAGCACAGAAAGAGGACCCACCAUGACGGAAGAGAUCCCACCCAAAGCAGACGCCAGUCCCACAGAGAGAAGAAGGAAACAGAGGAGAAGGAUUUGUGGGAUGAAGCUAUCCUGGGCAGUUGCUACUGA